UCUUCCCACAGAAAGUGAAUUCCGCCACCGUGACCAGUUAGCUCAGCCCACGUUUUGUAAAUUCAGUUGACUUUCCUUUUGGCAAAACAGGCCGACAGCCCCUUGGUCUAGAACGUGAAAAUCCAAGCUAUAUAAACACCAUUUCUGAUAUUAUUCAUGGGCUCUUUAGAAAGCUCGGGAGCAGAAGUUGUCACCGUUGAUGUUCAUGCAACUAAGGAUCCUAUCAAUUCUGGCCACAAAUAUCUGGAUGUUAGCUUGGGAGCAGAAGUUGUCACCGUUGAUGUUCAUGCAUCUAAGGAUCUUAUCAAUUCUGGCCACAAAUAUCUAGAUGUUAGGACUGUGGAAGAAUUCAAGAAAGGGCAUGUGGGUGCAGACAAGAUCUUGAACAUUCCUUACUUGUUCAAUACACCAGAAGGUAGGGUGAAAAAUCCUCAGUUCUUAAGCGAGGUUUCGUCUGUUUGCAACAAAGAGGACCAAAUUAUUGUGGGUUGUCAAAGUGGGGUCAGAUCCUUGUCUGCAACUGCUGAUCUUCUUAGCGCUGGAUUCAAGCAUGUGAGCAACAUGGGAGGAGGCUAUCUCGCCUGGGUGGAGAAUGGGUUUCUUGUGCAAAAGCCAAACGCUGAGCUGUGAUUUCUAUAAUUGUAUAAAACAACCAUAAUUUGCAGCCACGAGCAAAACAUUGCAGAAUAUGUAUGUUUUUAUAAGAAUAAUUUCUGAGAUAUGUACUUAAAUUUUUUUUUU